GAAAGCGCCGGCGAACAAUAAAAACAUCUCACAACCAAUCGUAUGCCUAUUCUGAUAUAUCUGAUACCGCAGUAUUAACGAUGACCAGACGCCAGACCUUUUGACACACAGCACUCCAAUGAUCACCCUGUCAUGCGUACGGACCAGACUCGGAGCAUUGGCGCCAUCAUCGCCGAUGGCAAGCGCUUCGCUGACAAGCGGGACAAGAUCAUCCACUCCGUGAAUUUACACGAGGGACUUGGACCAGUUGUCUCUCACUUACCAGCCGAACUCUUAUCCGAAAUCUCCAUGCACACGCUUCCACCAUUCGAUGAAUUAUUACCCCCAUCAAAGCUACGAUCUCCCAUGCUGUUGACUAGGAUAUGCCGAAGACGGAGGAAAAUUACUGUGGACACGCUAAGUUUAUGGUGCGGACUGUUUGGUGGGUUUAUGAGCUCCCGGCGCAGACACAGGCGGCGAGAAGCCUUCUGCUACAAGACAUGGCUUGAGCGAUCGCAAGGACUUCCACUGUCGUUGGCACUCACGUGUCACCAAAAUCCCUUCACCAGCCUUCUUCAGCCUUACACGGAUCAAAUAUCGUCUCUUCGUAUCGUUUACUGCGUCGCCACACGUGACCUUUUGUUAAACGACCUCCCAGCACUUCAGAUACUUACCAUGAAUGGGUGGAUCAGCGAUGAAUCUGAGAGGAGUGACAUCGCACGAUCCAUCUUAAAUCAUUCACUCACUCUGUACAGUCUCAAAUUCAGUAGACUAUCGUUCCCAUUCUACUUGGCCGACUUCGACCCCUUCAAGAAUUCCAGGUGGCCCCACCUCACACAUGUUGAAAUCAAUGUUCAACAAAAUCUACUCCUCAUAUUACUGCAGUAGGCUCCCAACCUCUCCUCAGCCAAGAUUUAUACAACUUUAAAUUAUACCAUACACCCCCCCUUACCGGUAGAGCCAAGCAUGCACACGAAACUUGAGUUCUUGCAUCUUAAUUGACCCAGACCGCACUCACCAGUCCCCAUCCUGCUC